AUGCUACCCACUUUGUGUCAGAUGCUACCUCGUUCCGCAGCAUUCUGGACGCCUUGCAUGUUUUCAAGAGGAGCGAUGAGACCGCUUAGCACAACUGGCUGCCUACUUCAACAAGCACCUAAAUUUGAUGUCGCACCAUUAAAACUCUCCAAUGAACUGUAUGCAAUCUUCAGAAUCCACAACAGACCGUACCUAGUCACCAAUGGUGACAAGGUAAUUCUCCCUUAUAAAAUAAAAGAUGCAGAGGUGGGCGAUAUAUUGAAUUUGGAAGACGUUACCACCAUUGGGUCGCGCAACUAUAAAAUCGUCGACUAUCCGUUAGAUCCUUCACUGUACACAAUCAAGGCCACCAUUUUAGAAAAGACGAAACGUCCAAUCUCUAUCAGAGAAAUUACAAAGAGAAGAAACAGGAAAGUUCGUCACGCAGUAAGCAAGGGCGACCUGACUGUUUUGAGAAUUUCUGAAUUAAAGCUGAAUUAA